GAAAAAUGGAUUCUGAUUGGUUCUGGUUGCAGUAUUACAAAUUCCAAAUAAAGCUUUAUUUGAGGACCCCCAAAGUUGAGAAGAUAAAUUUUAUAACAACAACAUUCACAAAAAUGAUGUUACAGCCAUUUCUGGUCUCCAGAAAAAUUUAAAUGCCAUGGGAAUCUAUAUGACAGAUGAUAAAAUACAGAAAACUUUGGAUAAUACUAAUCCUAAUGAUGAGGUGGUGCAUUUUAAGGAUUUUAUCAGAGAAUUGGCCAACACUGAUGAAGUUACUGAAUGCCAAAAAAGAAAAGUGAUCUUAAAAGAUGUAAUUGAUGUUUUCACUAAUUCACCUAAACCAUCCACACCAUUCAACAAUUUAUUUGAAGAGAUUAGAACUCUUGAUAGUAUCAGAAAUGAUACAAUGCCUGUAAAUGAACUGAGCUCCAAACUCUUGAGUGCCGGAAUUCCAGUAAGCAACAAGACGUUCCAAGAGAUCUUGAGACAAGCAUCUGUUGAUGAAAAUAGUAAUGUAAGUCUCAAGAAAAUUUUGGAGAAUUUGAACACAAGUAAGCCAACUCCUGUAUUGGAAGAUAUAGACACUGCCCUCAGUACUGUCAACUUGAUGAACUGUGACAGAGUUCAAGUUAGUGACUUGAAAAAUGCUUUUGAGGACCUCAAUAUUUCUUUAAAGCCUGAAGAACAUCAGAUGUUAGUGAAAACACUUGACGCUGAUGAGGUUAACAAACUUGCACAGGCCUUAGACAAAGUCACCAAUGAAAAACUUGAUGCUGACAAUGUAAAUUCUAUACUGAAAGGCCUGGGGAUUUAUUUUCCAGAGGAAGAAUUACAGAAGGUGCUUGGAUCCGUUUCUGUUGAUAAAGAGGGGAAAGUGAACUUAAAAGAUUGCCUGAGUCAGUUGAUGCAAAUGCCAUAUUUUACUGAAGGUUCAAAAACAGAAGGCUCCUUGAAAGUUCUGGCCUCCAUUCAGAAAAAUGUGGCAAACCCUGAUGACCUAGACUUCAUGUUGAAAAAUGUAGGAGUUCCAUUACCCCAAGGUGUGAUUGAAAGAGCACUGAAGAAUGUGGCUCCCAGGGAGGAUGCGACAGUGAAUUUACAAGAGUUUAUGAACAAUUUGGUCAAUUCAGGAUUUUCGUCUCUUCCUGAAACUGAUAAUAAAGUAAAGAAGAAGAAAGGAAUAAAAGAUAGCAUACCCAUAGGAGGGAAGAUUGAUGUCAGUAAUGUGGGUGCUGUUUUGAAAAACAUGGAUAUAAAACUUACAGAAGAACAACAACAAUAUCUACUAGACCACCUGUCAGCUACUGCUGAUGGGAAGAUAACUCAACUUAAAUUGAUGGAUACCGUAAAGACUCUUAAAGGAGACAAGGUUAAUGCUAAAAAGCCUAACAAUAUUCAGGAGAAGUUGGGAGUGGAGCUCACAAAUAAGGAAUCUUGGAAUCUACAAGAACACUUACCGGUUGAUGAGGGAAAGGUUGAUAUUGAUAACCUUGACACCAUUCUAGAGAAAAUGGAAAUGAAUUUCUCUGAUAAGGAAUUUGAAGAACUGUCACACAAUUGGCCAGCUGAUGGGAAAGUGAAACGAAUUAAACUAGUGCAUGCAGCUAUACCUGUUACAGGAGAGACAGUAGAUAUCAGAGACUUGGACAACGUACUAGGAAACAUGGGGAUUGAACUUACCAAAGAAGAACUUGGAGAACUGACAAGAAACCUUCCAGUUGAUGCUAAAGGGGAGACUGAUUUGAAAUCAUUGAUGGAUACAGUGCAAGUUAUUACAGAUGGGUCAUCUUACUCUGGAAGACUAUCACAUCUGGAGUGUGAAAAAUGUUCUUGCCAAUGAGUUUUUGAACCUCCUUUUCCAGGUGUGUCACAUAGUUCUGGGGUUAAGACCAGCUACUCCGGAAGAAGAAGGACAGAUUAUUAGCUAAUUUGUAGUUUCAAUUACAUAGUUGAAAUUUCACAUACUUGAAAUAUAUUGGUUACUGAGGAACAGCAUGUCCUAUUUUAAUGUAAUCAUUAACUAUUUCUCAAAAAUAGUUACAUAUUGAAAUAUUUUUGUUAAAGUACCUUCCUAGAUAAGGGAAGGUACUAUAGAUUAAUUAAGAAGGCAAAUUCUAUUUAACAUUAAAAUUGCACUGAAUACUAAAUUUCAUUUUUUGAAAUGAGAUAAAAGGUAGCCAGUUUUCUUUAGUACAAAAAUAUGUUUGUUGUUGGAAAAAUUAGAAAAUAGAGCUAAACAAAAAGAA